UACAGGAGGAGGGAGUAGACUCUGUUCUGUUCCCACAAUGCUCCUUGGAGUGUGAAGGCAGCAGACAUGUCUAAACGAAAGGUGCUUGAGCUGUUCUAUGAUGUGGUCUCCCCCUAUUCCUGGCUGGGGUUUGAGAUACUAUUACGAUAUAAAAACAUAUGGAAUGUAGAUGUUCAAUUACGCCCUGGGUACCUUGCAGCAAUAAUGAAUGCAACUGGUAACUCCCCACCUGCCAUGGUUCCAAAGAGAGGUGCCUACCUGGCAAAAGAUUUGGAAAGGCUGGCUGAGUUUUAUCAGGUUCCUGUACAAGAACCAACUGAUUUCUUUCAUGUCAUGGUUAAGAAAGGGAGUCUUUCAGCCAUGCGGUUUGUGACGGCUGUUCAGAUGUCAAACCCUGAGUUCGUUGAGAGGGUCUCCCGGGAGUUGUGGCUACGAAUUUGGUCUGAGGAUAAAGACAUUACAGAACCAGACAGCAUACUUCAGGCUGGAAAGAAAGCUGGGAUACCUGAAGAUCAGGCUAAAAAUAUACUGUCCACAAUCGCCUCACCAGAAGUCAAAAAUAAGUUGAAGGAAACAACAGAAAAAGCUUUGCAAUAUGGGGCUUUUGGAAUGCCCUCCAUAGUGGCUCAUAUAAAUGAAAAGCCAGAGUUGUUUUUUGGAUCUGAUCGGUUUGAACUUCUUGCACAUCGCCUGGGCGAAAAAUGGUUGGGACCUGUGCCACAAAAAUCCCACCUGUGACAACCUCAUCAGAAAAACAGCAGUAUAUCAGUUACCGCUAUUAUAUCUGUUUUCUACACAGAUAAUGUGUGCACACAAUUUCUUAUUCUAGUAGCUUGCUGCUAAAAUAAAUGCAUUAAUAAAGUACA